CGCCCCUCCCCACCUGGCUAUUUGGUUGGCCAGCGCGCUUGCCACUUACGUCAUUUACCCGCGCCACCCGGAAGCCGCGGUUCCUACCAAACGUUCUUAUUGCUGGCAGCCCAGAGGAGCCCAUCAUGGCGACGCCCCCUAAGCGGCGGGCUGUGGAGGCCACGGGGGAGAAAGUGCUGCGCUACGAGUCCUUCAUCAGUGAUGUGUUGCAGCGGGACUUGCGAAAGGUGCUGGACCAUCGAGACAAGGUAUAUGAGCAGCUGGCCAAAUACCUUCAACUGAGAAAUGUCAUUGAGCGACUCCAGGAAGCUAAGCACUCGGAGUUAUAUAUGCAGGUGGAUUUGGGCUGUAACUUCUUCGUUGACACAGUGGUCCCAGAUACUUCACGCAUCUAUGUGGCCCUGGGAUAUGGUUUUUUCCUGGAGUUGACACUGGCAGAAGCUCUCAAGUUCAUUGAUCGUAAGAGCUCUCUCCUCACAGAGCUCAGCAACAGCCUCACCAAGGACUCCAUGAAUAUCAAAGCCCAUAUCCACAUGUUGCUAGAGGGGCUUAGAGAACUACAAGGCCUGCAGAAUUUCCCAGAGAAGCCUCAUCAUUGACUUCUUCCCCCUAACCUCAUACAUUAAAGAGCCUGAAUGCCUUUGA